AGGGUAAUUAUGCGCAUGUAAUUUUUAACACCUGUUGACCCAAACCAGGAUAUGGUAUCCAUGCUGACACAGGUUACAUGAAUAUUAAAUACCGAUGCGUUAAUAAGGGGGGCUAAGGUAAUUCCACGCACCUCAGUUUCACUAUCAAAUGAUCGUAACGAGGUAUAGUGCUGAUAUGAAGUCUUAACCCUAUUUUUCAAUUACUAUUUUUGAAACUUCCACGAGGGGUAUCCAGCACAGGCGGUCAAGAGCUUGGAAGAGGUCAGUAACUGACCGUUUCGUAUGUAGAAGAGAAGAGGGUAAUUCUGCGCAUGUCAUUCUUGAUACAGGUUGAUUUAAAUCGGAAUAUCUACGUGGGUUCCGGCAGCACAAAGAACUCGGUAGAGAGGUGAUCGACAUGGGGAAAGAUCUGGGGUACAACUUGAAGAUGCUGGACCUGGGAGGAGGGUAUGCAGGAAAGGCGGCCAAAAGUAGGGACGAGAUCGCCAGAAUAGUGAACGAAAGCUUGGAAGAACACUUCGAUGAUCUGAGCAUCAAAGUCAUAUCAGAGCCUGGGAUGUAUUAUUCCAACGCGGCUUUCAAGUUGGUGGCGAACAUUCAUUCGAAAAGAUUGUCCACGGAAAUCGACAAGGAAACAGGAAAAGAGGUGAAAAUCAGGAUGUACUAUGUGGAUGUGGGUAUAUUCGGCGCACUGAUUUCCGUGCUGUAUCAGGAUUAUUACGAAAUCAAACCUGUCAAAGGACCUACAAAUGGCCAGAGGUACCCGAGUAUAGUUUGGGGUCCGACUUGCGACAGUUCGGAUCAGUUAUCUGACCACGUGAUACAACUGCCAGAAAUGCAAAUUGGAGACUGGUUGAUUGUAGAGGAAACUGGAGGAUAUACAUUAUCUAUAGCAAGCGAAUUCAAUGGUUUUCCCACCCCGACUAUACAUGGAGUGAUCAAUGAACAAGCCUGGUCUGUGCUGACGAAAAAUGUCCAUAAGCCAAUGUCUGAAGAUAGAUUCAUCAGGGGAGAAGAUCUAAACAAUUACCUAACGGACGAUUUCAUCGAAUGGCGCCUAUUGGGCCAAGAACAAAAUGGCAGCUUCCUCUUCAGCUGGAUCCAAUCCAACGCUGACCUCGCCUCACCACCUCGCACCAGAAUCGGCGAAUACGAUUACCAAAAAGGCACCUUGGUCCCCAUCUACACUUUCGACAAAAAAGUCGAUUGCAUCCAGGCGUCCGUCAACAACGCUAGAACCCUUCUGGCAUACGUGCUAAAAGAAUCCCGAGACGAAGGAGUCUACAAGGUUUAUUUAUACCAAAUCGACGAGCCCUUCGAAAGGGCUAUGGAGAUCGGUAGGGAGAGCAGUCGGCAGAUAAUGGUACAAUUUCUCUACCCCAAGGUUUCUGUGUUGUCUGGGAAUGUCCCUAUCAAGUUUUUGGUACUCGUUCAUCAAGAAGGUAUCCAUCAAUACAUCAUAAAAUCCAAAACGUCAGACCUCAAUGAGGACACCAUCUCAAGCGAGCUGCUGGUGAAAAACUUUGUUUGGGCCCAAUGGGACCCCUUGCAACAGACCCUGUAUUACAUCCAUAACAGGAAACGCAACAGAGGACUAGUGGAGGGGGAAAUAGUCGAAGAUACCGAUCCUUCAAAAAUUACCCCUACUUUAUCGGGUUUGCAGUUCAACGACGAGUUGCCCCAUGAGACUGUGCUUAAUAUACCAUUAAACUUGCCACAUCUAACUACCAAUUCGUGUUUGAUAUAUGAAGACAACACAGUACCCUUGAGAGUCCACGACUGUUCUCUAGACCUGAUAGUAGUAACAGACUCUGCAGGUUUCGUAUGUAUAUGCCAUCAUUAUCUGUAUCAGCCUGUACAGCCAGUAAUCGAGUUGAGUGAAGAAGACAGCAGCCCAGUGCAUUUUGCAUACACAGUUACUGUUUUACAUCAAAGUUGCGUCAUUAAAUGUGUGAUACCUGACAUACCCUGGAACCGUGCCAAAAGAAUCAGACCUCUAUUCAGAAAAACUGGUGACUAUUUGAUGGUGCUCAUACCAGAAAUCUGUACCCACCUGCUGGACAUAGGUUUGAGCCACGAACCGUUUUGCCACAUCACCACAAAACCACUUCUGACAGCCAUGGAAGCCCACCAUCUUUGUUUAGCAUCCAUCAUAGAAAUAGACGAAGACAAAGAGUUCGUCAUCAACUUGGCAACGUUGGACCUGAUAGAGCUCGAUUUGCCUAGCAAAAUAUUGAUGGAUGCUUUCAAGAGUGACACCAUCUUGGAGAACAAACUAGCGAUUUUGCAUUACUUCCUGGUGCAUUCUGAGGAACCUCACAUAGCCGCAGAGCUAAUCACCUGGCACUCUUCUACGCCAUUCACCCUGGCAUUUCCCGAAAUCCUGAAGGAAUACCUAAUCGCCAGCUCCUACACCUCGGUGCAAGGCAACCUACCGCUGGACGCCGUCAAACUAGCUACGUUCUUGCCAGUGUCCACGCAACGCCUGGGUCUGGAGACCGAAGUGAAGCUGGACGGCUACACCAUAGCAGAGGAUAGUGCCCUAUCGCAGCGACAUCUGGAUGAAGCUGUGGGAGCAACUGGCGAAGCUGUCCAAAGGAGUGCAGAGGUUCAGGCCCAGUCAGGUUGUGGACAAGCUAGUGAUUUCUCUGGAGUGCUAUCAGAAAAUAAGAAAUGGGAAGAAGGGUGUGUAGCUGACAAAUAUAAUGAUCGUUCUUAUAUUGUUGAAGAAAUAGAUGGAGAGGAAUUCAGAAGAAAUAGAAAACUGAUCAAUAAAACGAAAAUUCCUUUCAUUGUUAAUAAUAGAGAACCUUUGGAUUCUAUAGCAUAUGAAGACAUCACUAACUAUUCUAUAGAUUCACAGGAAUGUAUUUUUCAAAUCGAAAGUAAUCAAUCGAAUAUUGAAUCUGAAAUUGAAAUCUUGAGUGAAGAUUCAAAAUUAAGUAUAUCUUAUCAUAUGAACGUGAAUUUCUAUAUCAGUGACCCUGAAAUUGAAAUCUUGAGUGGAGAUUCAAAAUUAAAAAAUAUAUCUAAUCAUAUGAAUCCUGAAGCUUUAUCUAGAUGUUCUACUCCGCUUUCCCCAAGUGGAGGAGCAUCAUCUACAUUUGCUGAUUUCUUGAGCAACCAAACUGGGGCAAAGAAUCAAGCUGACUCUCUGCCCUUCCUUGAAAUCGACAGUUGCACUGCUAGUAGACAAGAACACAUCAUUUCGGUGAAUUUGAGAGAAAUCAGCAUGCAUCUAUUGAAGCAAAGUUCGAACAACACCAACAAGUUCCAACAACAGAACCAGUCUUCUAUGCACGUACAUGCCGUGGCUACCAGAUAUGUGACUGCUCAGCUCGACCAAUCCCGACAACUGUGCCAGAUUCUCUGUAAAGCAGCCCUUUACGACCCCGAGGAGGAUUUUGACAAGGGAUUCGUUUAUAUAAACAAAAUUGAUGAAGACAGGCGAUACGUGAUGUUCAAACUAUUGGAAAAAUACUACAUGGCGGUACAAGCUAUAGCUUUUCCGCUGCCACAGGGUUUCACAUCAUUUUUCGCAUAUCUCGGCUACAAGACCAUGGAGUUCCGCAUGUUUCUACAGUACGUCGACAGACAUGUCUUCGAGUUGCAAGUGGACAUAAUGAAAAUCAUCAUGGCUGAACCUGAGAAUACGAAAGCCGAUGUACACAAAAAACUCAGACUGCUGAGCGUUUUGCCGCGCUCCAGGGCGAAACGGCUCCUGAACCAAUGGAACCACCCUGUGAGUACCAUGAUAAGGGCGAGGGAGCAUGCCCAGAACAUACUGUCAGGCAUAUCGGCACCGACAUCCACUAGAAGACAAUAUGGGAUACCCAAAAACACGGAUGUGAAAGGUUUGGGAGGCCUGUCGUCUAGCAAUAUGACACCUAUGGACACAUUCCUGGAACUGCUGACAGCUAAGGCUAGUUUGACUGAAAUCGACUUCGGAUUGCUGAUAGAAGCAACGGAAUCGUGGAAUGAGAAUAUUUUUUGAAAAACUUCCGAGAAAAAUCUCGAAUCUAGUCAUACUCCAAUAACAUAAUUUUGCAUAAAAAUAGUAAAUCAAAAGAAUACUCUGUCAUAAACAAACAUUCAUUCUGUAACAGAUACAAAAAAACAUACUGAAAGAAAAAAAUAAAUGGAAUCUAAAAA